AUGCAUCCUUCUUACGUUUCUCUGGCGAUCUUCGCCAUGGGCGCCGCCGCCGCCGCCCCGAGCUUCCCCAAGGCCGAUAGCGACCCGUUCGAGGGUAGCUUCCCUUUUAUGCCGUCCGGAAGCUCCAGCGUGGAGGGUGACGAUGGUCUAUCUGACCCGGUUCCUGCCUAUAUGGAUGCUAUGCAGGCUGUGCAGGCAGCCGAGGCGGGGGCAUACAGCCCGGCGCCCACUCACCAGGUGGUUGCCAAGCCAUUCCACCCGAAGAAGCUCACUGCUCAGCCUGUCGCAGAACCGGCUCAACAAGCUCCUCAGCAGGCAGAGCAGCCCGUGCAGGCCCAGCCCAUCGCGCCUAAGCCGGCCGCACCCAAGCCUGUGGCUCCCAUGCCGGAUGCCGAUGACGACGGGGACCUUGAUCUGCCCAUGGGCCAGUCUGGAGUUCCUGAUCUGGAUAACCCUUCUCUUGAGAUCCCCGAAGCUGCCAUUUCCUCGUCUGCGUCGUCGGCUGUUGCGCAUGUCAAGCCAAUCGCAACGGUUCCUGCCGUGCAUGAGUCUUCUUCUUCAAUGUCCAUUAUGGUCUCCGUGGCGACUCCCUCCUCGGCCCAUGUGGUUCCCCUGGCUUCUUCCUCCAUGACUUCUGUUGUUUCCAAGGCUGCUCCUUCCUCCGCCUCUACCCCGGUGGAGAUGGCUCCGGUCAGUAUCAAGCCAAUGCCCGUGCAUUCCGUCAUGCAGACCACAAUGGCCAAGCCCUCCAGCUUUUCGACCCGCCCCAUCCUUAAGGCUUCGACUCCGACCACUCAGUCAAUCUCCAGCUCCACGGCCGCCGUGCCCAAGUCCAAAGUGCACGCUGUCAACAUUCACGCGCAGCACCUUGCUUCCGAGUCUGCGAGCUCUAGCACGGCGGAGGCCACACCCUCUGAAUCGGCCACCCCAACUCCCAGCUCAAAAGCCGAGGAUCCCGAUGUCGCUAGCGCGAUGAGCCAGAUUCCCGUUCUGGGACCUCUCUUCGCCAGCCUCACUGGCAUGCUGUAA